CAUUAUGUUGAAGUCUAAACAGGAUAGUACAUAAUAUGGGGAGUUCUAAGGUACCUAGAGUGAAAUCCGGGGUACCGCAUACCAGGAGUAAGAAAACGCUAUCCAGAACUUGAAUUGAUUGAUCUUUCAGACAUGAUACUAUACUCUAACACUUAAAGAUCAAAAUCUAAGUCUUAAUUCUCUAAAUCUUAUACCCUAAGAUCAAUUUAAUUAGAAACAAUAAUCGACGGUUAUGAUUCGUCCAAAUAUAGGCAAAAAAAAUCAACGCACCAUCUUAGAGUUUAUAGUUUAUGAUUUAGAAAAUUAGGACCUCGGGUUCACUCAUUAAGGGUUAGGGUAUAGUAUCAUGCCCAAAAAUCCUGCUAAUUCGAGAUCUAGAUAGCGUUUUCGUACUUAAGGUAUGCGGUACCCCGAAUUUCACCCGGGGUACCGUAGAAGGCACCAUAUAUGCUUUCUUUUAACAUAAAGUACGAUGAAGCCCCGAUAUCUAUAAGAGCUAGCACUACUUAUAUGAAGGUCAUCGAUGAGGAAUGGGAUCGUGAAGUGCCCUAGAUCGGGCAGCUUCUGGAGCACUAUCAUCUGCACAUGAGGAGGCAGAUCCUUUGAUCUAAUCGUCUUAUAGGAUUCCUCCAUUUGGGGAAGAAGAUUUUGUACGACUUGUAGUGAAUUGGGCAUAUCAUCGACGGGUUUAAGAAUGGGUACCACUGCUUCUCAUCCUUCCAUCACCUCGAGAAAAUCGCCCAUAACUAUCUAGAAUUUGAAACCAAAGUUCUUUCAGGUGAUCCAAAAAGGCAUCCAGAGUGAUACCUCCACUUCGAUUUGGAUUUAACAGCAAGUAUUGAAUGAGUUGAAUAGAUGUAUCAAACAGAAUCGAAAUCGCACUACCAGCUCAAGUUGGAAAAUUUUGAAAAGAGCAAUGAGUCACUCAAACCGAUUUGAUGCUACCAAGCUAGAUGAGAAUACCUAUUAUGGUCAAGAUUACAUAUAAGAACUAUAGUAAGCUAUUCAAGACAAGGUAAGGACACGCCAUUGAAGUUCAUAUAGCAAGGGUGAAAUCUUGAGCCAAAGAAGCACAAGGAUGAACAGCAUGGAAGGAUGAGCCCGAUCAAAUUUGGACGAAAUUUUUAUAAGGAUGGAGGAAAUGUUACACCCUGCUCUUCUCAAAAGUCAAAAUGACUAUUAUGCCUUUGGGAAAGUUUGUCAAAUUCUAUUGUAAUAUCCAUCAGGACUAAAAAUUCAAACUCUGGGUUCAAACAGUGUCGAGUUAGCUACGGACGUUAGUUGAGUUUGGGAUUAAAGUCACCCGUAAUUUACAAAAUGCCCAAGAUACCCCUCGAGCUAAUCAAAACCCUACCCAACCCUAAUCCCAUCAAUAAUAUGGUCCUAUCAGCACUGAAGUGGCUGCCCCCAACAGUUCCCCCCCCCCCCCUCUGCUACGAAACUAGGCUGCCGAAGCAAGCUAGGGCCGAAGCAACCUGGACACGAGUGGGAUUGGCGAGUACAGCCAACCCGGGGAAUAUCAUCGAUGGAAACCCUCCCUGCCAAAUGACAUGCCUGGUACUUGGCAAAACGCAAACGGAGGAUGGGGAUCGACAAAGAGAAAAGCAUCCCUAGCGGUUACAAAGGCGGACCCAAAUCAUGUCCGUGCCAAUCCUACUACUAGAGCUGCUUGUUUAAGCAAGCUCGUCUUAUGGUCAUUGUUAUUUGGACUAUUCCAAGCAGAUGGAGGAUUGGUUGAUGAGCAUCGACAGGGGAUUUUUCUUCUUUUUGUUAUUGCCAUCUCCGCCCUCGUCUGGACGGACGGGCGACAAAUAAUGCCCCAAAGCAAGCUGGUCCAUUUAAUUCCAUUUGCAAGCAAGCUGAUCCAUUUUAUUCAAGCAAGUACGAGUGUAAUAGGGUUGGAAGCAAGUAUGGAAACUUUGGAGCAAAAUCAGGGUGAGUGUAAAGGGGGUAAAUUCUACGCCUUAUGGUUUUUCAAAUAUUUGUCUUGAGUAUUUUCAAGUAUUGAUUUACGUGAUGUAUGUGCAGUGUUUGAUUCAUGUUUGAGAUUGCAUGAUUAUGUUUGAUAGUAUGUGCUCUGGUUGAGCUAUGAUUUGAAGUGAAGAUGUAUGAGUUUAUCUCUUACUUUGAAGUUUACGUUUAUGAGUGAUUAUUAAAGCUUAAGAACAAUCCCUUUUAAGAAAUACCUCACCUUCGAAGAAGGUGAAAUCGUAUUAAGUGUUUUUAGUCACUAGCGCCAGUCCGUUGCUAUUUGAGAUUUUUAGAUAGAGCAGCAGUUAUGCUCUUGAGAUCUUUGAGACAGAGCAGCAUUUAUGCUCUUGAGAAUCGUGGAAGAAGAGCCUUCCACGAUAAGUUUAAGUUUAAGGAAAGCCUUGAUGGCUUCUCAUACGUAUGAGUUGGCAACCGGACUAGCUAGUGAGGGAUCCCCGUGUCAGUCAAGUAUUUAAGUUGAGAUUUAAGCUUUAAGAAUGGAGAGUAACAGUUAUUCCCAUACAGUUUUAAGAGUUAAGAUUUUUAAGAAUGGAAGUACAAACAACUUCCCUCAGUUUGAGUUCAAGUGUUCGAGAAGAAGUGCAAAAUUAUUAGAAAGUUUAAAACGUAAGGGCGUAGACUGACCCCAACUCACUCACCAGGCCUUAGUAUGGGAAUGAGCGAGAACCAGAUCGGUAGCAGCUAGCUAGAGGAGCAGUUAAAGAGCAGCGAGUUUGAGAGGAAAAGUUCGAGGGCAGUCAGCUAGAUGAGGGCAAUGCAAGCGUCACGGAGGAUGCCUAGUUAAGAUUUUCAGUAGCAGCAACGACAGAGACUACCUAGUUAUUUGCAUUUUAUGAUUAUGAGUAUAGACUAGAGAUUAGAUUGUUAUUUUAAAGUUUGAGCUUAAUUUGCCCACGUGUUAGGGAUUUGCUUUGAACUACAAGUGUGAGUUUUCAGUAUUUUAUUUAUGAAAAAUUAUCUCGCUACAAUUUAAGAUUUGAGUAUUUUAUUUAUCAAGGGCAUUUUAGUAAAAGUAGUACCCGUCCUGAUUAGGGUGUUACAUUUUGAACAAUUUCACAUAUUAUGCCCAAAAAUCAGCUCUUCCCACUUGCGCAGAUGUAACUCUUUCUCUUAUUGCACGCAACGCGACGUCCGUAAGAAUGAAAAUCUGGAAUGGUGAUUGCUAACGGACCCUUGAUCGCUGCUGGGGAACCCAAUUGUGCGGCCUUAACAACGUCGGCUGCGUAUCCCUUCCCGGUUUUCACCAACUCCGCUACGACUGCAAAGGCAGGCGAUAGUAGCUUCUUCAAGUGCAGCAUCAACAGAGGAAGGGAGGACUUAGCUUGGUCGAGUGACUUCAGUCGGCAACUCACCUUUGGCAGUGGAGAGGAAGAUUUGUUUGUCUGGUGUGGUAGUUACCACAGCCAUGAUUACGGUGCCGGUGACAGUCGAUUGCGCGUUGUGGUGGGCGACAUUGCCUAUAUCGAUGGCGCUGGUGGUGUGGCAUAGAUGGAGAUAUGGUGCGUUGUGGUGGAGGCACUCAGAUUCGCGACAAGCAGCUACGAUCCUUUCGCAGGUAAUCAUGGCUAUUUCCGUCAACUGAAUCCUCUUGUCGCAGGCGGUGGAGAUGUCUUCCAAGAUCUUAUUCAAUCGAUUAGGGAUUUCCUCCAGCACUUAUAGGUCCAUCAUUAUAAAAUCGCGGAUCAACCGCUUUGAUAUCAAUCGAUAGAUGUUUAAUCUAUUUCUACGUUAAACUACAGAGAAAGCUACUAUAAACUAAUCCAUUCUUCUUCCAUGACCCUAGUAAUAGCCUAAAGUUAAUUAUGUAGUCUCCGACUGGAAACCCUAAUCGACUAAACCUUAUAAAAUUCUAAAUUACCU